AUGACUGAGCACUACGAUGCCAUCGUAGUUGGCGGCGGCUUUGCAGGUAUUUACCACCUGUACAUGCUACGCAAACUGGGCUUCAAAGUACACCUCUACGAUGCUGCUCCGGACUUUGGCGGUAUCUGGAGGCUUAAUUGCUACCCUGGUGCGCGAGUGGACAGCGAAGUUCCCCUCUACGGUCUAUCCUUCCCAGAGGUCUGGAGGUCCUGGAACUUCUCCUGCAAGUACCCUGACUUUAAGGAGCUCCGACAGUACUUCAACCACCUCGACGAGAAGCUCGAGCUGCGCAAGGACUGCAGCUUCAACCAUCGGGUCCACAGCGCCCACUGGGACGAUGCGGCGCAGCAGUGGACCGUCACUGCUGGUCCGAGCAAGGACAAGACCGUUACCGCCACCUCUCAGCACGUCAUUUUCUGUCUCGGCUUUGCGUCCAAGGUCAACAUCCCCAACAUCCCCGGUAUGGACAAGUUCAAAGGUCGCAUCGUUCACACGGGCGAGUGGGACGAGUCGAUCGACUGUACGGGCAAGAAGGUCGGUAUCGUCGGUACCGGCGCUUCGGGGAUCCAGGUCAGCCAGGAGAUCGGUCCGAUCGUCGAUCGUCUGACCGUCUUUGUGCGGACGCCGAACCUUGCGCUACCGAUGCGACAGCAGAAGCUCGACGCUAGUGCACAGGAGGCGUUCAAAGACAUCUACCCGGAGAUCUUUGAGAAGCGGAAAAAGACGUUUGCGGGCUUCCACUACGACUUUGAUCCUCGCGACACGCUCUCUGUUCCCGCUGACGAGCGAGAGAGGCUGUACGAGCAGAUCUGGGCCCGCGGCGGCUUCCAUUUCUGGCUCGAGACGUUCCACGAUCUGUACGCAAACAAGGAGGCCAACAGGACUGCAUACGACUUUUGGCAGAAGAAGGUCGAGGAGCGCAUCAAGGAUCCUAAGAAGCGCGAGAUUCUGUGCCCCAAGGAGUGGCCACAUACUUUUGGCACGGUACGACCCUCGCUCGAGCAGAACUACUACGAGGUGAUGAACCAAGACAAUGUCGACAUCGUCUCGAUCAAGAGAGGUGGUGAAGAGGGGAUCAAGGAAUUAACAGAGAAGGGUGUGCGCCUGAACAGCGGACGCGAGAUCGAACUCGACAUGUUUAUUCUUGCGACCGGCUUUGAUACGCAUACGGGUGGGUUCAAGCAGAUCGAUAUCCGCGGCAAGGAUGGUCUGCCCCUCAGCGACAAAUGGGCACAAGGUUGCAAUUCGCUCAAUGGUCUCAACACUGCGAAAUUCCCGAACCUCUUCUUCCUGUACGGCCCGCACGGCCCAACGGCCUACUCGAACGGCCCAUCGACGGUCGAAGUGCAGGCCGAGUGGGUGUGCGAGUUCAUCAAGCAUAUGCGCGACAACGGUGUGACUUCGUUCGACGUGCAGGGCCAAGCAGAGGCCGAGUUUGGAGAGCACAUCAACGAGCUCUCGGCGAAGACGCUGUUCCACGAGAGCCACGGCUGGUACAUGGGCCGCAACAUCCCAGGCAAGCCCGUGCAGGCUUUGAACUUUACAGGAGGUAUCCCGCUGUACGUGAGCGAGCUCGACGAGUGCAGGAAGGGAGGUUACACGGGCUACGAUCUCAUUAAGGCGUAA